UAAAUAAACAAAUGUACUCAGCUUGAAAUGACAUUCUGGCCAUUUUGAGGUGGAGUUCUAUGCAAAGAUUUAUGAACAAAUAAUAUCUUACCUGCUAUGGAUACCUGAAUGAUUUCUGUUUAGAGGAAUAUUUCUAAGUCGGACAAAACUGGAGCGCUAACUGAAUAUUUGGUCAGUCCAACAGAUGCUGACUGGCCUUGAUGCCCACACCUGCUUUAGAUGAUUGUGAUGACAGACGACAGUGAGACAGUCAAACAGUAUUAUCACACAUGAGUACCAUGGGUCAGCGCAGAGGCAGUAUUCACUCCCUUGGUGUUCCUGUAGUAAUGGUGUGCAUUGCUGCUUUGCUCCUCAGCACUGUAUGGAUUUACCUCAGUCUGCAAAGUAUAUCUGAGACGGAUGAGCAGAUGGUGUACACACACGUGGGUUGUCCUCCUCAACACUUCAAAAUGGCAACCAUGAAAAACAGUUCUCCGUGGCUCCAGUGUUCACAGAUAAAUGCAGAGCUACGAAAGCUAAAGCUAAUCGGCCAGGGAGCUGUUAAGAAGGUUUAUCUAUCAGAGUGGAAAGGUCAUAAGGUGGCCCUGUCACAACUGGCCUGUCAGGAUUACCUGGAAGACUUUCUUCAUGGGUUGUCGAUGUUACAGGCCUUACAAAGCCCACUGGUAGUCCAGUUGGUGGGGUUCUGCCUUGAAAACAACACCAUCGUUACCCAGCACCACCCACAUGGCUCACUGCUCAACCUGGAAAACGUUCUUGCCCAAGAACGGCACCAGCAGCACAACACGUGGCAGGCACGGCUGAGACUAGCUACAGAAUAUGUCGCCAUUCUCCAUUAUCUUCAUAACAGUCCAGCUGGGCGGAGAGUAAUGUGCGAUUCCAACAGCUUAGAGAAAACUCUUUCCCAAUUUUUGCUGACAAACGACUUUCAUUUGGUGGUGAAUGAUCUGGAUGCACUUCCUGAAGUGAAUCGUUCGAGGAACUUAUUGGUAAAAUGUGGCCAUCGGGAGCUCACCGGUGAUUUUGUUGCCCCAGAGCAACUUUGGCCUUUCAGAAAUAGCGGGCAGCCGUUUUCAGACAGUGCCAUGCCUGCAUAUGAUGAAAAGACAGAUAUCUGGAAGAUUCCAAGGGUGACACAGUUCAUAUUGGGAGAGACACCUGAAACAGAAUUAGUUCACUUUCAUCUUUUUCAAAUCCACAAGAAAUGCAGGGAGGAGGACCCCGAGCUCCGACCUUCAGCUCUCGAUGUUCUGAAAGUCUACAGAGCAGUCCACAGUGCCAUGGUACAAGACACUUCUGCUGCCAGAGAUAUGCUGUAGAAUAAUCCUGUUUAAAAAUGACUGUCAGCUUUUUUUAUUUGUCAUAAAAUAAAAUAGAUCUUUGUA